AGAACUUCUUCUUAUGCCCAUUGCCAAAUAAAUUUGCCAGAUUUCCAGCAAUUCUCGACUGGAAUUCUACGCACAGGCCACUCAUACCCCUUUGGAGGUCGUGUUUAAGGUGUAAAUAUCACCCGAUAAGGAAAUCCGGUAUUCAUUACGAAACUAAUUAAUAGUCUCGCCUCGGGCGGGCCCACAACCUCUCAACCCGCCUCUCCCCAUUAACUCCUGCCGUCAAGUACCCGAUCUGCCAACCUCAUCACAGCACACGUAUCCUCGUCGAUACCAUCUCCAUCCAUUUCCAACUGCAGCUUGCUGGUAGUCUGCUUCUACAGCGAGCUCUAGCAUCUGUCUCUGAAACCAAUCCUCUGAAACUUUUUCUCAGUUCUUCAUUCUAACCGUUCACCAUGGAAGAGGAGGUCGCUGCUCUCGUUAUUGACAAUGGUUCGGGAAUGUGCAAGGCCGGUUUCGCCGGUGAUGAUGCCCCCCGUGCCGUUUUCCCUUCCAUUGUCGGCCGUCCCCGCCACCAUGGUAUUAUGAUUGGUAUGGGCCAAAAGGAUUCAUACGUUGGAGACGAGGCGCAGUCGAAGCGUGGUAUCCUCACCCUUAGAUAUCCCAUUGAGCACGGUGUUGUCACCAACUGGGAUGACAUGGAGAAGAUCUGGCACCACACCUUCUACAACGAGCUUCGUGUGGCUCCCGAGGAGCACCCUGUCCUUCUCACUGAGGCUCCCAUCAACCCCAAGUCCAACCGUGAGAAGAUGACCCAGAUCGUCUUCGAGACAUUCAAUGCGCCGGCCUUCUACGUCUCCAUCCAGGCCGUCCUGUCUCUGUACGCCUCCGGUCGUACCACCGGUAUUGUGCUCGACUCGGGUGACGGCGUCACCCACGUCGUGCCCAUCUAUGAAGGUUUCGCCCUUCCCCACGCCAUCUCUCGUGUGGACAUGGCUGGUCGUGACCUGACCGACUACCUCAUGAAGAUCUUGGCCGAGCGUGGCUACACCUUCUCUACCACUGCUGAGCGUGAAAUCGUCCGUGACAUUAAGGAGAAGCUCUGCUAUGUCGCUCUCGACUUUGACCAGGAAAUCCAGACGGCUAGCCAGAGCUCGAGCUUGGAGAAGUCUUAUGAGCUUCCCGACGGACAGGUCAUUACCAUUGGUAACGAGCGUUUCCGUGCCCCCGAGGCUCUGUUCCAGCCUAGCGUGCUCGGUCUUGAGAGUGGCGGUAUCCACGUCACCACCUUCAACUCCAUUAUGAAGUGCGAUGUCGACGUCCGAAAGGAUCUGUACGGCAACAUUGUCAUGUCUGGUGGUACCACUAUGUACCCUGGUAUUUCGGACCGUAUGCAGAAGGAGAUCACCGCCCUGGCGCCCUCGUCUAUGAAGGUCAAGAUUAUCGCACCCCCGGAGCGGAAGUACUCUGUUUGGAUUGGUGGUUCCAUCUUGGCUUCUCUGUCGACAUUCCAGCAGAUGUGGAUCUCGAAGCAAGAGUACGACGAGAGCGGUCCCUCGAUCGUCCACCGCAAGUGCUUCUAAGGGAUUCGCGAAGUUGUCGAGUAGCAGGCGCGCUAGCACUAGGCGCCGCGCGGCUCUUUCAAGUGCUGCGUUUUCUAUUCACUUCGAUCAUGAUAAUUUUACAAUAAGCCUGCAAGUGAAGUACCGGUUCUCUUUACCGGGUCAGGCCUAUAUCAAACAACGAAAAGUGGCGGCAAGUAUCUUUUGAUCUCUCUAGGAGCUUGUCGAGGAGAUUAGUGGAGAGUAUAGGACUUGUGUAGCUUAAACGGAAUUGCUUUUCUUUCUUGUUAUCCCGCUGGAAACGUUUUCAAAUACUUUUUUAUCGUAUCCGACAUUUGUCCCAAGCUUUCUUUUGUGGUUGUUGUCGUAAACGCUAUGCGCUUCUCCGUGCCAUAAUAGGGCUACUGUGAUCCAAUCAUCCUGCGUAGAUGACGUUUGUCUCAAGAACGAAAUUUUUAAUUAUCAUCGGUAU